AUGUCGUCGCACCCGGCGCUUGCAAGCAGCGCCUUCACCGGCUUCUCCGACGAGUUACUCGCGUACUUCACGCUGUUCUUUGAACCGCUGGAUCUGCUCCAGCUGUCAGAAGUCAAUUCCGUUUUCUAUGUGUUUUGUCAGGAAGAUCCGCUCUGGAUGACGCAGUGUUUGCGUCUUCAUAAUGGGAACUUUUCAUAUCAUCACAAUUGGAAACUCACGAGUUUCUACCCGAGAGACCCACGGCCACAGGCAGAGCUGGACCGAGCUUUUCGUCCAGUCAUUGUGAGAGGUUUUAGCUCGGACUUUUUGUACCGGCGCUGGUGUCGCUGUCACAUGGACCUUGGAGACGCUUUUCUGCUGCCAAGUGAGGAACAGGACCCGGCAAUCCGUCGUCUGCAGAAGAUUGACGCUCAAGACUUGACUUUCCAGGACUUUUACGAACAACAUUCGAGAGUGCCGUUUGUCAUUUGCAAUGCAAUGGGCGAGUGGAAGGCGUCGAAGGAGUGGACAAUGCAGAAGCUGAUCGAACGGUUCCCGAGCGACGUGAAGCAUCGUGUUACGCACAAUCUGGAUAUUGUCUCGAGCAGUUCUACGAUGGAAAUGGGUUUUGCCGACUACUUCCAGUACGCUCGUAGCCAGCAUGACGAAACGCCGUUGUAUAUUUUUGACGCCAAAUUUGGAGAAAAGAUGCCCUCGCUGCUUGCGGACUAUAGAAUUGAAGACUUGAAGGUCUUUAAGGAAGACUUCUUGAGCGUCAGUGCCAGUCCAGAGAAGCUGGAUGGGAAGGCGGUGCUUAAGAAGGGCGUAAAGCUAGAAGCUGGAGGCAAAAAGAUGCGAACGGGGAAGAAGAAAAAGCGUGCCGCUGGUUCAGUAAGACCCGAAUUCCGCUGGAUUGUCAUCGGACCACAGCGCACCGGUGCUCCAUGGCACCAAGAUCCUGCAAGAACGUCUGCCUGGAAUGCGCUUGUCAAGGGGAGAAAGCGAUGGGCGGUCUAUCCUCCUGAUACACUACCACCGGGUGUGAAUGUUGGCAAGAAUGGCGAGUACCGCGACAGCGGCGUUGGCAUGCCGUCCCUUAUGUGGUAUUUGCACGUAUACCCCACUCUCGCGCCUGAUCAAAAGCCGCUUGAAAUCAUUCAAGAAGAGGGUGAGACAAUUUACGUACCCAAUGGCUGGUGGCACCUUGUUCUCAACUUGGACAUGACGAUCGCAGUCACCCAGAAUAUGGUCGAUUCGCACAACGUGCUUAUGUUUAUGAAGGAUAUGGUCAACGAUGGUCAAGACGAAGCGCUGGAGAUAUUGCAGCACGAACUCAAGAAAACGCGGCCGGAGACAUUUGACAUGUUUCGCCUUGUUCAGAUCCCUCGAAUGAGCGGGUUCUUGAGCGAAGAAGCGUUUCAGCAGUCGUUCUGUAUCUUGGAACAUUGGAAGCCUCAAGUAAAGAGAAUUCUCAAGCGUCACAAGGUGCUAGUUGUGCCGGAUACCACUCAGCAUGUCAUUGGAAAAGUCAAGUACCCGAGAAUGAAAAGUCUCACCUCACGCGUGAAUCCGACAUUUGCGGUUGGAAAGCGUCUGCUGGUGAAGUUCUUUAGCCAAUACAACGAAAACUGGGGCGAGUUCGAUUUUGAGACGUACAUGACCCCAAACUUCGACUCGACUCGUGACGAAUGUGUGCAUCCAUCAAAGCGUCAUAAGCAGAGCGUCUUGCAGCCGCACGAGUUGAAGAACGCGAUGACUUUACGAUGCGCAAUGGAGGAAUGUUUUCGCGUUGAGAGGGCUGUGUAUCAAAUGCUUGACAAAGGAGUGCGCGUAGACCCUUUGCGCCAGUCGCUCCAAGCAAUGACUCCUCGCUUGCAUUACUCAGGUCACCUUCUUUAUCCAGACGAGGUCGACGAUAACGUAGGUGAAGGAUUGAUGUGGCGGUGGCCUUAUCUCAUCAUUGAAUACAAGUGUAGUGGCGUGGGCCUUGACGUGAUUACGAAAAAGGGCGGUGUUACCCGUGAUAGCUGGAACAAAGUGGCAGCUUGGAUCAGUCAGGAGUUCUUGCCGAAGCUGCACUUAGUUCCCAUCGACCCAGAACUUCGAGGCAUUUACGGUCACAGCAAGUUUGAAUGGGACUGGUACAUACACUACAUGCUUCAUCGAAGAAAGCGUGCUGUGUCAUUCCACCUGAUCGAAAGCAGUCUUCCUCCACACUUACAAAAGCUGCUUGAAGAUUUUCUCCCUGCAGCAAGCAACGAUGCAGUGGUCUCGCAGCUACUUCCAGUACACUUGUUCGAGGUCAAGCCCGUGCUGUUGCACGGUGACUUGACGGACGAAAACAUUCUUGGAUCCGAAGUUGAUGGUCGUCCGAGGAAUAAGGUUGCCUCGAGCUCGGCGAAUGCACAGCAGACCUGCAACCUAUCGUCGUUUUUGAAGUCUAUCGGGUGCGAGGAGUACAUUUCACUUCUUGUGGAGCAAGAGAAAGUGACACUGGAGUCGCUGAGUCGACUCGAUGAAGCCCAUCUGAAGGAACUGGGUAUUCCUCUGGGACCUCGUGUUGCAAUUCUGAAGAGCAGGCAGCAAAGUGCUAGUCAUGCUCGUGUGAUCGAUGACGAAAUUGAUACGAGCAAUCGUGGCUAUAGUACCGAGGAGGAAUGGGAGACUAGUAGUGGGAGUAGUAACAGCAGCGGCGAAGAAGGGAGCGAAAUCGAUGGUACGACCCCCGUCGGGCAGGCAGCCAUCGAAGCGAAGCGCAAGGAGAAAUUUGUUGGGCCACAUGAGUGGAUCCCAACGUCCGUGAUCGACUUUGCAGACGCCAAAACGGGCGAUCCACUGUAUGACCUCGUCGCCGUCUUCUUUGCUGCUUUGCAUUGUGACCGCGAGCUGUGGAAGGUGACGCUCGCAUCGGAAUACUGGCAAGAGUACAUUCACCGAGAAAAGCAGAGCAGCAUAUUGCAACGACGGUGUCUUCGGGAGCGCUUUCUGCAGCUAGUUCUAUUGCACCCGAGUCACUCAGCCAAGGGUCUGUUUCACUACUUCCCGCGAGCAGCACAAUGUGCGACCUGGGAGGGCCUUGCACAUGCAAUCUUCGACGACUUGUUCUGA